ACUGCAUGAGGCCAGUAAACAAAAAUAGGUAUAUUGGCAAAUACUUAUGCAAAGAUUGUCAAGAUAUAUACUUAUGCAAGGAGAGUAUGUUUCUUGCAUGGAUGAGAGCAAAUGCCAAGUACCCCGAGGAAAGGGAUUUAACUUAUGCUGAAUUCCUUUAAAGGUUUGUCUGGAAAGCCAAAAACAAGAGAAUUUGUACCUCGGAAGCAGGGGUUUGCAAUAGGCCAUCUAACGUAUGUGCAUCCGAGAUCAGGAAAAUCUUAUUAUUUGCGAUGUGUCCUUAAUUUGAGGCGUGGGGAUACAAGCUAUGAUGAUCUUAGAACUGUAGAUAGAUUUACUCAUAAUACAUACCGCGAUGCAUGUUUCGCCUUAGGGUUGUUGGACGGUGACAAGGAGUACGUUGAAGGAUUUUUGGAAGGUAGUUAUUGGGCUACAACAUGGUUACUCAGAAAGUUGUUUGUGAUUUUAUUGGCAGCUGAUACAAUGAGUAGACCAGAAUAUGUGUGGGACAAGUGUUGGACAUUUAUGUCAGAUGACAUUCUACACAGGCAAAGAAGAGUCUUAAUACAUCCAGAUUUGAAGUUGACCAAGGCUGAGAUUAAGAAUUAUGCAUUGACUGAAAUGGAAAUGAUGUUGAGGAGAAUUGGUAGGACUUUAAAGGACUAUCCAUCAAUGCCAUUUCCAACUAUAAGUGAUGAUGUCAUGUAUCAGAACAGGCUUAUUUUUUGACGAGUUGCAGUACGAUCGCGCUGCCCUGCGUGAAGAGAACAACAGAUGCAUGCAGAGUCUCAAUGAUGAACAACGUCAAGUGUACACAACCAUUAUGCAAUCUAUUGAACAAAAUAAUUGUGGGGUGUUCUUUGUAUAUGGUUAUGGAGGUACAGAGAAAACGUUUGUGUGGAAGACGUUGUCGGCUGCUUUGAAGUCCACAGGAGAAAUUGUUUUAAAUGUUGCUUCGAGCGAAAUAGCAGCUUUGUUGUUACCAGGUGAACGGACCGCACAUUCACGCUUUGCAAUACCAAUCAACCCGAAUGAAAACUCCACAUGCAACACCUAACAAGGUAGUCCACUGACUCAAUUGAUAAUUCGAUGCAAACUGAUCAUAUGGGAUGAGGCGCCGAUGAUGCACAAGUAUUGCUUCGAAGCCUUAGAUAGAAGUUUGCGAGACAUCUUGAGAUUCACUGACUCAAAUAGUGCUGAAAACCCCUUUGGAGGGAAAACGGUGGUCUUCGGGGGUGACUUCAGACAAAUUUUACCUGUCGUUACAAAAGGUACUAGACAAAACAUUGUGAAUGCCACGAUUAAUUCUUCGUAUAUUUGGCAUGUGUGCUUGGUGUUACGUUUGACAAAAAACAUGAGGUUGCAAUCAUUGACUGAUGAUAGUGAGUACGAGGAUUUGCUUGAGUUUGCUAAGUGGAUUUUGAGUUUGGGGGACGGGAUUGCUGAGGAAGAUAAUGAUGGUUUUGUAAAUGAUCAGAUUUCAAAGGAGAUUUUGUUAGAGUGUGGAGGCGACCCCAUUGCCACUAUUGUCCAGAGCACCUACCCAAACUUUGAGAAUAUUGUGAAUGACCCGAAUUACUUGCAAGAGCGUGCAAUUCUAGCUCCAACCUUUGAUGUUGUCGAUGCAAUCAAUGAAUACAUGACUUCUAUGAAUGUUAAUGAAGAGUCAAGGACAUAUCUAAGUUCAGAUAGCAUUUGCAAGUUAGACUCGAAUGUUGAUUUUCUGGCUGAUUUGCAUACUCCAGAAUUUCUGAACAAAAUACGUGGAUCUGGAGUUCCAAACCAUGAGUUAACCCUAAAGGUUGGUACUCCAAUAAUGCUUUUAAGGAAUAUUGAUCCUUCCAUGGGGCUUUGCAAUGGAACAAGGUUAACUGUAACAAGACUUGGAAAUCAUAUCUUAGGGGCAAAAAUUAUGUGCGGAAAAUACGUCGGCCGUGAAGUUGUCAUUCCGAGGUUAAGCUUAACUCCUUCGGAUUCAAGAAUACCAUUCAAGUUUUAGAGAAGACAAUUUCCGGUCAUGACUAUAAAUAAAAGUCAGGGACAAUCUUUGUCUUAUGUUGGACUUUUAUUGAAAAAGUCGGUCUUCAUGCAUGGUCAGCUGUAUGUUACAGUGUCAAGGGUAACAAAUCCUAAGGGUCUGAAGAUAUUAAUCUGCGAUGAAGAUGGCCAAUCAACUAACCAUACCACCAAUGUAGUUUAUAAGGAAGUUUUUGUAAUGUGUAGAUUGUGAAACCCUGUUAACGUUUACUGUUUCCUACUUAUUCCAAAACAUACUUACUACC